AUGGUCAUAUCAUCGGGGAGGGCAGGUGGCUCCCCUAUCACUCCUACGAAUACGCAAAGACACAACUACAAAUGGAGGAAGGAGCUAUCGCCCAUGAUAUGUCCUGAUAAGAACGUCUUGAAGACGAAAGGAAGGAAGGUGCAACUGUCCGCACUCCCACGGGACCUAAGUGGUGUGCCGCGAUUCUACGCUUCUGGGCGAAGUGCGGAACAAAGCAAGUCCAACAGCGGACUGCGACUGGCCAGUGCUGCAAGCCCGCCUUACUUUUAA